AUGGCCAGCUUUGCUCCUUUCGACAUGGAGGCCCAGGGGAGAUACCCAGACUUCCAGGGCAUCGGCGAGAAGCAGAUGCGCCUGGGCUUCAUCCGGAAGGUCUACGGGAUCGUUGCUUGCCAAGUGGCCGCCACAGCCCUCACGGCCGCCUUAUGCGCGGGCCCACUUCGCCCCACCAUCGUCGGCUUCGUUGUGCACUGGCCCUCUGCAUUCAAGUGGGGAUCUCUGUUGGCUACUGGCUUGGCCCUGUUCAUCUGCUAUGCCGGCAAGAACUCUUACCCCUUGAACUUCUUCGGCCUCGCCUUUCUGACUGCUGUUAUGUCCCUGGACGUCGGCGUGAUGGCUGCCGUCGCUAGUGCCAUGGGGAUGGGAGCCUUGGUGGCACAGGCCGCGAUCAUCACCGCACUUCUGGUGACAGGACUCACGAUCUACACCUUCCGCUCCAAGCGCGACUUCUCUUUCCUUGGUGCGGCUCUGUGGCCGCUGACCUUCGGCCUCUUUGCCUUCGGUCUGCUGAGCUGCUUCUUCCCAUCCCUGCACACGGGCAUCCUCGGCCUGAUCGUCUCCUUCGCAGGUGCCGCCAUCUUCUGCGCGUACCUGGUCUACGACACCUGGCGCAUCGCCAACGAGCUCCAGGUGGAUGACUAUGUGGAGGGCGCCAUCCAGCUGUACAUGGACAUCAUCAACCUCUUCAUGUACAUCCUUGACAUCCUAAUGCAGCUCAACAAAGGGCAGAACGAGUGA